AUGGAGCCUUCGAGUAAAAAGCGGAAGUUGGCUCCUAAGGUCAACACGACUCCUAGCAAGCCGCCGCCGCCAACACAAUUCCCUCACGAAUCGGUCAGCUUUGUUUUCCAGCUUUCCGCGUCUCAGGAGGCUGCAGCUCCUCUUUCCGAAAGACAUGACUUUGAGUCUUUUGCGCGCCAUCUACAGGAUGCUGCUAUGCUGAUCCAGAGACAGACUGAACGUCACCCAUACACUGACGUUUCUGUGUUACUAUUAAGGUGGGAAGAAGACAAGUCUGUCGACGAAGACCUGGCUGCGCUCGAGCAAGUGUUCCAGAAGCACUACAAAUACCGAACUGAGCGAUGGCACAUUCCCACGGUACCGAACCCUAGUAUAAAGCUCGGAGUUCAGAUUGCUUCUUUUCUCGAGAAUGCACGAGCCAAUCAUCUUCUCAUUAUCUACUAUGCUGGCCAGGGCUACGUAAGCUCUGAUGGCCAGCUUUUCUGGGCUUGUAAUGCACGAGAAGAUGCGGCAAAACUCAAGUGGGAUGGCGUCCGUUGCCUGUUCGAGGAUGCCCAGUCCGAUAUCCUCUUGUUGCUGGACACAUGCGCGUUACCGGACCCCCCCAUGGCUGGUAGUCACGGCGUUAAGCAAGCCAUAGCAGCCUGCACAUCCGACCGUAGCCCAGACAGCUCAGAACGCUCCUUUACGUCAAAUUUGGUUGAGGCUUUACAAAAGCUCAGUAGUGGGCGCCCCUUUACUACACAGAAGCUCCACGAGGAACUGUUAUCGCUGAAGCAGCAGCAGCAACUGGUUCAGACUCCCCGACAAACGAAUGGCAGCACCUCGAAUACACAUUCGUCCUCUCACCACCCGGCUUUUAUGGCUCUGACGCCUGGGAAGGGCCAUAGUAUUGCUCUUGCGCCAAUGCCCUCAAGACCUCGUUCGGAAUCACAGAACGGAGUCGACGCAGAGGGCCAAGGGAACCGCGAAGAACAGCUCAUUGACCCAGAGUCAGUUGUUGACCUCAGGUUUGAAGAGCACCGUGUCCUCGUUUGUACGACCUUUGUUGGUGAUGCUAGCCCAGAUAUGUCCUUUUUCUCACAAUGGCUACAAAGCACGCCGCCUCUGGGCGAUAAAAUCGCCGUGGAAGGCAUGUUCCUUGGACCGCCCACAAUGCUCCUUAUCUCCAUGCCCCAUUCCAUCUGGAACGUGGUACAGCACGACAAAGUUUGUUGUUCUUCUGGUAUUAAGCCUUCCGCAAGAGCAGUUGAAGAUGGCCGAAUUCUCCUGGAGGCAAGGGAUCACGCAUAUGGAACGCCCGCACGCGUUCGGCGAGAUGAGGGUCACGACAUCUCGUUCCAUUCCCCGGCCGUGAGGGGAACCCCCAACUCCGUAGAGCGAAACGAGCAUCUUCCACAAACGAGUCCUUCAGCCUCAUCGUAUGCGAAUCCAGCAGGUGGACAUGGCAAGCCCAAAGACGAAGUGGAGGACUCUGCGGAGAUGCAGGAAGCUGCUGAGCAGUUGAAGGCCUUGAGCCAUGUUCGACAUCGCAGCGACGAGACCCAAAAUAUCAACAGGCCGCGCACGAUUCUUCCUGACGGGAUGCCUGAAAUAAGGCCUGAAGGCGAGCCUGAGGAGCAUGGUAACGAAGAUCCCUUGGCAACACUUCGCAAUGCCAACUCGGCAGCCAAGCCACCACGGCGGUCUCUCCCUAAGCAGGACACGCGUUGCAACCACUGCAGUCACGCUCCUUUCAAGGAUUCAUCUUCAUUGAGAAAACAUAUUGCCGCAGCCCAUACCAGGCCGUUCCCAUGUGCGUUUUCAUUCGCUGGAUGUACUAGCACUUUUGGAUCCAAGAACGAAUGGAAGCGACAUAUCGCAUCCCAACAUCUGUGUCUGCAGUACUAUCGCUGUUCAUCCUGCCCUCAGAGCACAGCCGAGGGCAAGGGCAACGAGUUCAAUCGCAAAGACCUGUUCACUCAACACUUGCGACGCAUGCAUGCACCCUUUCAGAUCAAGAGAGCGAUUGCUAAGGGCGAUAGUAAACUGCAAUCUGAGUGGGAUACGCAUGUGAAGGACAUGCAAGUGUCGUGCCUGGUUCAGCGUCGGUUACCCCCGCAGCGCUCAGCAUGUCCGAAGCAAGGCUGCCAGAGCAUUUUCGAAGGCCCAUCGUCCUGGGACGAGUGGACUGAGCAUGUCGGUCGGCACAUGGAGAAGGGCGAAGGUGGCAAGCUUGGAGUCGAUGGCCUUCUAGCCCAGUGGGCACUGGAUGAGGGUAUCAUUGAGCGCAAGCCUGAUGGCGAGUACCGGUUGUCAGCAAGCAACGGUAUGGGAGGCGGUGGGGCUACUACGAGCGGCAGCAGCGCAGCUGCUCCCCCUGUCUUUGAACAGAAAGAGUCGACUAUGACAUCGACAUCGACACUUGAGCCCUCACAGCCGGCGGAAGACUCCUUGAUCAUGGACACGAAGCCUUCAGAAGACAGGAUGGAGGUUGACACUCCAGAGUGA